AUGGUCAUGGAGUACAUGGACCAAGGCGACUUGCGCGCCUACCUCCAGAAGAAGCGCCACGGACAAUCCGUCGCCCUGGACGUCUCGACGCUUGACGUCGCCUUGGUGCUGGCGCACGCACUCGCCGACCUCCAUAAACAAAACAUCAUCCACCGCGACGUCAAUAGCCUCAACAUCUUCCUCUCGACGACCCACUACAUUCGCCUCGGUGACCUCGGGUCCUCACGCCUCAUGGACGACGACAUCAUGACGUCCCACGCAGGCACAACGAGCUGGAUGGCCCCCGAGGUGCUCCGAGUGCCUGGGGACGAGGGUAUGGGGCGAGUGUACACCAUCGCCGCCGACAUCUACUCGUUUGGCGUCGUCUUGACGGAGCUCGACACGCUUCGUUUGCCGUACGAGGACGUGGAAGAGCGCUGGUCGAUCAUGGAAAAGGUACCGCACGGGGCA